AUGGAAGAUUGGGAGGAAGCUCAUGAAGCUGUGAAGGCCGACAUUAAUCAGUUGAAAGAUCAAGUGAGCCAGAUCCUAGAGGCCUUAAAGUCGCUGAAGGCUUCGGGAGAAGCCUCCUCUGCAAGGAUUGAGGAAAACAUUCACCCUCAGGUUCCACGAUAUGAAGUCCAGAACACUCAGGGCACGUCAAUCCCAUUCCCAAUGUACGGUCUGCCUCCGGGAUACACCCCACCCGUUGGGGAGUAUUCUGAGGCGGAGCAAACUUCCUUUUCUUUUCCUGGGACUAACAACACACUACCGAUCAAUACUCAAGGGUCGAUAUUAGCCUCGACGCCCCUGACAGGGGCAGGAAUGAAGGAGACAGUCACAUUCGCAGAACCAAGGGUGACUGUGGCACCAAAGUCUCCAAACAUAACUACUGACGAAGAUGCUUUGGCUAAGGUUAUACUGCACGCUACAGCCCAGGUAGUGUCCAUCGGUAUUGAUGGGGCUAAAAGUAAGCUUGAGAUUCUUGAAGAGAGGGUUCGAGCCAUUGAAGGUGGUGGAAGCUAUGGAUUCGGUGAUGUCGCGAGAUUAAGCUUGGUUCCCAGUGUGAUGAUACCACAUAAGUUCAAGGUCCCAGAAUUUGAAAAGUAUCAGGGUACCACGUGCCCCAAGAGCCAUCUCACAAUGUAUGGUAGAAAGAUGGCUGCUUAUGCCUAUGAUGACAAGUUGUUGAUACAUUGUUUCCAAGAUAGUUUGGCUGGUGUUACGCUGAAUUGGUAUACACACUUGGAGCCAUCUCGAAUUCAUUCCUGGAUGGAUUUAGCAGACGCCUUUGUGAAGCAGUAUAAGUACAACACGGAUAGCGCGCUAGAUAGAUUACAAUUGCAAAAUAUGGCCAAGAAGGAUACUGAGUCCUUCAAGGAAUAUGCACAACGGUGGAGAGAGUUGGCUGCUCAGGUUGAGCCACCACUACUUGAUAAGGAGAUGGUGGCGACGUUUGUAAACACACUACAAUCACCAUUUUAUGAGCACGUGUUGGGGAAUGUGUCUUCCAAUUUCGCUGAUAUCAUUAUUAUUGGUGAAAGGAUAGAAGUCGGGUUAAAAAGUGGAAAAAUUGCAUAUGGCCCGUUCGCGGCUGCAACUUCUAAGAAACCCGGUUUCCAUCCAGGAAAGAAGAAAGAAGUGGAAGCACACACAGCCUCAGUGAUGCCAAUGUGGGAAAGUCGGGCUCCUACUCAUAAUUAUCGACCUCACAUGAAUCAACCUCCUUAUGUGGCUAACGCAGUGUCUGUUCAUCAAACACAACCUCAGCAACAAGGGUUUUAUCAAGGGUCGAAUCUUUAUCAACCGCAGCAUCCCCCAAAUAAUGCUUGGAAAACUGAACCUAACUCAAAUUUCAGCCGAAAUGCGGGUCAAAACGCCAAUCUGAGGAGAAAUCAAGAGCGGAACUUUGUUCAGUUCACCCCCAUUCCGAUGACGUAUACGGAAUUGUUACCUUAUCUUCUCCAAAAACGCUUGGUGGCAAUUUGUCCGAUGAAACCUAUGCAACCUCCGUUCCCAAAGAAUUAUGAUCCAAAUGCUAAAUGUGAUUAUCAUGGAGGAGGAGUUGGACACUCUACAGAGAAGUGUGUAGCCCUUAAACACAAGGUGGAAGCUUUAAUCAACUCAGGGUGGGUAAAGUUUCACGAAGACAAACCUAAUGUCGAAGCGAAUCCUCUUUCUAGGCAUGGGAAUCCUUCGACAAAUGCCAUUGAGGGUAGGGAACACAAGCUAGUAAAGAAUGUGAGUGAAAUUCGGAGCUCCAAGCGAUUUAUUUUUGAGACAUUGCUGAAAUUGGGCCUGUUAAAAGGGGAAUAUAACUUGGGUGAGAAAUGUGAAUUUCAUCCAGAUGCUAAACAUUUUGCCGAUAAGUGCACCAAGUUCGAGAUUGUUUUACAAGAUCUGCUUGACAGAAACUUUGUGCAAGUAUAUCACGAGGGUAUGGAGGAGGAAGUAUUUGCACAGGAUGGCGGGAAACCAGAUGUGACUUUGCCAGAGCCAUUGGUGAUUCAUUUUACCAGAUCCCCCUUCACACCAACAAUUCAAGAAAGGCAACCUAUUACUAUCCAGGCACCCUCCUCUUUUCCUUACAAGAGUGAGAAAGCUGUCCCGUGGAAAUAUGGCGCACGUGUGUCGGGUGGGGAACAACGAACGGGAGGUCAACCUACCAGUGGUGAGUCGGUGGUUGAAAACAUAUCGGGCAUCGGUGGAAUGACUAGGAGUGGUCGAAUAUUCACGCCUCCGAUCUUGAUGAAAAAUGGAGCGGGGAGUAGUGAAUCGAUGAUGACCAAAAAUGCUAAAGAAUCCUUGAAGGGGAAGAUGAUACAAACUGAUGAAGGACUGAGAAAAGAUGACAAGAAAGAAAUAUCUAAUGAAGAGGCUAGUGAGUUUUUGAAGUUCAUACAACAGUGCGAGUAUAAAGUGGUUGAACAACUGAAUCGCAUGCCUGCCCGGAUCUCUCUUUUGGAUUUACUCAUGCAUUCGACCUCACAUAGAGAGCUACUCAUGAAGAUACUCAGUAGGGCACAUGUGGAGAAGAAUAUCUCUCUGGACAGUUUUGAGGGAAUUGUUAGCAACAUCACCGCUAACAAUUACCUCACUUUCACUGACGAGGAGAUACCUGUUGAAGGGAGAGGACACAACAAGGCCCUCCAUGUCUCUGUGAAAUGCUUGGGUCAUGUCAUAGCAUGAGUAUUAAUCGACAAUGGUUCUUCCUUGAACGUAAUGCCAAAAGAAACACUGGGAAAGCUUCCGUGUGAGGGUAUCCACAUGAAACCAAGCGCGAUGAUCGUGAGGGAUUUUGAUGGGAGUAAGAGAGAAGUGAUGGGAGAGGUAGAACUGCCAAUCCAAAUCGGGCCAUGUGUCUUUCAAGUAACCUUUCAAGUGAUGGAUAUCCUCCCAGCAUACAGUUGCUUGUUGGGUCGCCCUUGGAUUCACUCAGCAGGUGUGGUGCCUUCGACCUUGCACCAAAAGUUGAAAUAUGUCAUGGGCGAUAAACUAGUAAUAGUUUCAGGAGAGGAAGAUAUUUUGGUAAGUGGACCUUCGUCUUCUCGCUAUAUUAAAGCAGCAGAAGAAGCCCUCGAGACAGCAUUCCAGUCUUUGGAAAUUGUGGGCAAUGCUUAUGUGGAGCCAUAUCCAAUGAACCCACGCUUGUCUCGUGCCUCCCUUAUGACUGCCAAGGUCAUGCUGAAAGAGGGAUAUGAGUACAGAAAAGGGCUAGGCAAGGAUAAGCAAGGAUUGAUAUUUCCUCUGGAGCUCACUGAGAAAAGAAACAGAUACGGCCAGGAAUACAAGCCUACUCGAGAAGACAAAAGAAGGUUAGUUGAAGAAAGGAGAGAACGUGGUCUGGCCCGCAUGCAAGGAAAGGAGCGGGGGUUAGGAAAGAUCUGCAUUUGUGACAUUAAAGAGAGCUUUCGCAGUGCCGGGUGGAUCAACACUAGCCCGAUAGCAGCCGUCAACAAUGAAGAGGAACUUGGAGGCUCGAAUUUUGUGUGGCCGUGCGUUUCAGAUGCACCACUCAACAAUUGGGAGACUUUGGAUCUACCUGUGAUGUUUAAUUUGGUUAAAAUAUAUGACAAUGAAUGUUUUGAAAAUAACAAUGUCGAUAUCCCUAAUUUUGAGCGCCCUGUCGAUAAUAUGGAAGAUGAUUAUGAAGAUGAUCCGGAACCCUCCCCUGAACUAAUGAGGUUAGUGGAACAAGAAUCUAAGGAAAUAAAACCCCAUCAAGAGGAUGUUGAAACACUUAACCUAGGAGAGGAGGAUGAGAAGAAAGAAGUGAAGAUUGGCACUAGUAUGAAGAGAGAAGUGAAACAAGAAUUAUGUGCUUUACUAAAGGAAUUUAAGGAUGUGUUUGUGUCGUACAGUGACAUGCCUGGCUUAGAUACUGAUAUAGUGCAACAUAAGCUUCCACUCAAGCCGGAAUGUCCUCCAGUUAGACAAAAGCUAAGGAGAAUGAAACCAGAAAUGUCAUUAAAGAUUAAAGAAGAAGUGCAAAAGCAAUUUGAUGCUGGAUUUCUAGCUGUGGCAAAAUACCCUCAAUGGGUGGCAAAUAUUGUACCAGUGCCUAAGAAGGAUGGCAAAGUUCGGAUGUGCGUUGACUAUCGAGAUUUGAACCGUGCGAGUCCAAAGGACAAUUUCCCAUUGCCUCACAUCGACACAUUAGUGGACAAUACAGCCAGAUUCUCACUAUUUUCAUUUAUGGACGGCUUCUCGGGAUAUAAUCAGAUCAAAAUGGCACCUGAAGAUAUGGAAAAGACAACAUUUAUCACAUUGUGGGGGACAUUUUGCUAUAAGGUGAUGUCUUUCGGACUCAAGAAUGCCGGAGCAACCUAUCAAAGGGCCAUGGUGGCGCUUUUUCAUGAUAUGAUGCACAAAGAAAUCGAGGUCUACGUAGAUGAUAUGAUCGCCAAGUCUGAGUCAGAAGCAGAGCACAUCCUCAACCUGAAGAAAUUGUUCGAGAGAUUGAGGAAGUUUAAGCUUAAACUAAACCCGGCUAAAUGCACAUUCGGUGUGAAAUCCGGAAAGUUGCUAGGUUUCAUUGUCAGUCAAAAGGGGAUUGAGGUUGAUCCUGACAAGAGGCGCGCGAUAGUCGAAAUGCCUACUCCUAAUACGGAGAAGGAGGUGCGAGGUUUCUUGGGCAGACUGAACUACAUUGCUAGGUUCAUCUCCCAGUUGACUUCCACCUGUGAACCAAUAUUCAAGCUAUUACGUAAAAAUCAGGCUGUCAAGUGGAAUGAAGACUGUCAGGCUGCUUUCGACAAAAUUAAACAAUAUCUUCAAGAUCCUCCAGUCUUAUGCCCACCUAAACCUGGGAAGCCACUGAUUCUGUAUUUGACCGUUUUGGACGAAUCAAUGGGCUGUGUGUUAGGUCAGCAUGAUGAAACUGGAAGAAGGGAGCAUGCCAUAUACUACCUGAGCAAGAAGUUCACGGAAUGCGAACGACGAUACUCGUUUUUAGAGCGAACUUGUUGCGCAUUGGCAUGGGCUGCCCAUCGUCUAAGACAAUAUAUGUUGAGUCACUCUACCUGGUUGAUAUCCAAGAUGGACCCCAUUAAGUAUAUUUUUGAAAAACCCGCUUUGACUGGAAGGAUAGCCCGGUGGCAGAUGCUAUUGUCAGAAUACGACAUUAUAUAUGUCACACAGAAAUCUAUCAAUGGUAGUGCUCUGGCUGAAUAUCUGGCUCAACAACCCAUUAACGAUUACCAGUCAAUGCAGCCUGAAUUCCCCGAUGAAGACAUCAUGGCCUUGUUCGAAGGUGAUCAAGAAGAGCAAAAUGGAAAGACAUGGACGUUAUUAUUCGAUGGAGCUUCUAACGUCAUGGGACAUGGUAUAGGGGCAAUACUGAUAUCUCCAGGGAAUCAGUACAUUCCAAUGACCGCAAGGUUGUGUUUUAAUUGCACGAACAAUAUUGCUGAAUAUGAAGCUUGCGCUAUGGGCAUCCAAGCCGCGAUUGAAUCGAAGGCGAAAAUUUUGAAUGUGUAUGGAGAUUCGGCAUUGGUCAUCCAUCAAUUAAAAGGGGAAUGGGAGACUAGGGAUCCGAAGUUGAUUUCGUACAGAGCUUAUAUCAUGAGGUUGGUGGAGUAUUUUGAUUCCAUUGAAUUUCAACACAUUCCGCGAGAAGAUAACCAGUUGGCAGAUGCCUUAGCUACUUUGUCGUCAAUGUUCGAAGUUAACCAAGAUGGGGUAUUGCCAAUGAUCCAUGAAGAGCCAGCAUAUUGUCACUUCAUUGAAGAAGAAUCAGACGGUAAGCCUUGGUAUUUUGAUAUCAAACGCUACUUAAAAACCAGGGAAUACCCUGAAGAAGCAUCUGAGAAUGAUAAAAGGACACUAAGAAGGUUGGCUGCAAGUUUUAUCUUAAGUGGGGAUGUGUUGUACAAGAGAAAUCAUGACAUGGUUCUCCUUCGAUGUGUGGAUGCAAAAGAGGCCGAGUCAAUAUUGGAGGAAGUUCAUGGAGGUACCUUCGGCACACACAUGAAUGGGCACUCAAUGGCCAGGAAGAUCUUGAGGGUUGGUUACUUUUGGUUGACCAUGGAGAGUGACUGUUGCAUGCACGUGAGGAAGUGUGAGAAAUGUCAGAAGUAUGCAGAUAAUAUUAAUAUGGCGCCCACUACUUUAAAUGUAAUGUCUGCACCAUGGCCGUUUUCAAUGUGGGGGAUAGAUGUUAUUGGAGCCAUAGAGCCAAAAGCCUCGAACGGACAUCGCUUCAUACUGGUUGCAAUUGAUUACUUCACUAAAUGGGUAGAAGCUGCUUCUUACGCCAAUGUGACAAGAAAAAUUGUGACUAAGUUCAUAAAAAGAGAGCUAAUUUGCAGAUACGGAUUGCCCAACAAGAUAAUCACCGAUAACGCCACCAACCUGAACAACCAAAUGAUGACUGAGUUGUGUGAAGGGUUUAAAAUCCAACAUCAUAAUUCUUCUCCCUAUCGUCCAAAGAUGAAUGGGGCAGUCGAGGCUGCUAAUAAGAACAUCAAGAAAAUUGUACAGAAAAUGGUGGUUACGUAUAAAGAUUGGCACGAGAUGCUUCCUUUCGCUUUGCAUGGGUAUCGUACUUCAGUACGUACAUCGACUGGGGCAACGCCUUUCUCUCUAGUAUACGGGAUGGAGGCAGUGCUACCUUUCGAAGUAGAAAUUCCAUCCUUACGAGUGUUAAUGGAGACCCAAUUGGAAGAGGCCGAAUGGAUUCAAGCUCGGUUUGACCAGCUCAACCUCAUUGAGGAGAAGAGGCUAACGUCAGUGUGUCACGGACAGUUGUACCAAAGAAGGAUGAAAAAAGCGUUCGACAAGAGGGUGCGCCCUAGAGAGUUCCACGAAGGCGAGCUAGUCUUGACAAAGAUCUUGCCUAUACAGAAGGAUCACAGGGGCAAGUGGACUCCAAAUUAUGAAGGCCCGUAUGUGGUGAAGAAAGCAUUUUCUGGUGGGGCACUAAUUCUCACAAGGAUGGAUGGGGAGGAAUUACCGUUACCGGUCAAUUCUGACGCGGUCAAAAAAUUUUAUACAUGAUGAUUCCUUGAUAGGAUACGCUACUAGGGGAUACCGACAUUGUAUCCAAAUUUUG